CGUGCCCAAAAGAAAAAAAGUCGUUGUCUCUUUCGAUUUUUACUAUUUUCUCGAGGGGAAAAAAAUACUAAUAAAUUAAGGGGAGAGAAAAUCGCGGAGAACAAAAAAAAAAAGAUGACAAAAUGGCCCGGUUGAUUUUCCAAUUUCUAGAGAGAGAGUAGAGAGAUCUUGAGAGAGGAAGAUUAGAUAGUUUAUUUUAUUUUAUUUCAACGUUGUAAGAGAGAGAGAAAAGAGUUGUCUUUUUUUUCUUCUUUGUUUUCCUUAUACGUUCUCGUCAUUUGCGCCAUUGAUUGAUUCAAGCUAAGUGCGUUGAAGUAGAGGUUUUACCCAAAGCUUGAUCGUCUAGGGUUUCUGGUUCUUCGAGUGGUGAAUUUCACUGCAUUAUCCGUCGGGUUUCGAUCUAAUUCGAAAUGGGUGAUACAGAGAAGUGUAACACUGAUAUGAUCCAGAGACUGCAUUCAUCAUUCGGGACAUCGUCUUCUUCGAUUCCGAAACAGCCCAUUUCUCUGAAUCAGCAGCUCGACAAUCUCCCUCAAUCGAGCCCUAAUUUCAUCCGCUCCACUCAAUUCCCCCAAUUCUCGCAGCCUUUCAGUGACAGUGGCAAACGAAUCGGUGUACCUCCGCCUCGCCCCAACUUCAUCCCACCGACUUCUCCCUACUCUCAGAUCCCGGCGACCCGGCAACAACCCGGUUUCAACCCGGGAGUUAGUCAUUCACGGUCAAUGUCACAGCCUUCUUCUUUCUUCUCCUUCGACUCCUUGCCUCCGCUAAGCCCUUCUCCCUUUCGCGAUCACGAUGUCUCCAUGGAGGAUAGAGAUUCCGGCGGGUUUAACAACAACCCUUCGCUGUUGCCUCCGUCGCCGUUCACUAGGUGUAACUCAACCUCUUCUAGAGUCGUCGGCGAGAGUCUUCCUCCGAGAAAAUCCCAUAGACGCUCCAGCAGUGAUAUCCCCAGUGGGUUUAAUCCCAUGCCUCUGAUCCCUCCUAGGCCACUGGAGAGGUCGAUUUCCGGCGGCGAAUGUGCUGAUUGGUCAAAGACCACCCCUUUCGUGAAGAAGGAGAGAGAAGGCGUCGGAGAGAGGGAAGCCAUGGAUGAUCUCUUCUCAGCGUAUAUGAAUCUUGAGAACAUCGAUGUCUUAAACUCAUCGGAAGCUGAUGAUAGCAAGAACGGUAACGAGAAUCGGGAUGAUAUGGAGAGCAGCAGAGCAAGCGGGACGAAGACGAACGGUAGUGACACAGAAGGCGAGAGCAGCAGUGUGAAUGAGAGUAGCAACAAUCACAACUUGAACUCUUGUGGGGAAAAGAGGGAAAGCGUGAAGAGAAGAGCCGGCGGAGGAGACAUUGCUCCUACGGGCAGGCAUUACAGGAGUGUUUCAGUGGACAGCUGUUUCAUGGAGAAGUUGUCUUUUGGGGACGAGUCACUGAAGCCGCCUCCUUCUCCCGGAACUAUGUCACGGAAAGUUUCCCCUACCAGUUCGGUGGACGGCGGGAAUCCGGUGGCUGCUUUUAGCAUCGAGUUUAAGAACGGCGAGUUUACUGCAGCGGAGAUGAAGAAGAUCAUGGCGAAUGAUAAACUAGCAGAGAUGGCCAUGUCUGACCCCAAGCGUGUCAAAAGAAUCUUGGCGAACCGUCAAUCUGCAGCGCGGUCAAAGGAGAGGAAGAUGCGGUACAUAGUCGAAUUGGAACACAAAGUGCAGACUCUUCAGACCGAGGCUACUACAUUGUCUGCUCAGCUCACGCUUUUGCAGAGAGAUAUGAUGGGGUUGACAAACCAGAACAAUGAGCUCAAGUUUCGUCUUCAAGCAAUGGAGCAGCAAGCGCGACUUCGUGACGCUCUGAACGAGGCAUUGAACGGGGAAGUCCAGCGACUGAAACAGGCAAUCGGUGAGAGCAGCCAGAAUGAAUCUGACAGAUCAAAGAUGCAAUCACUCAACGCGGAGAUGUUCCAGCAACUCAACAUCAGCCAGCUAAGACAGCAGCCACCAAAUGGAACCAAACCUGAGUCAAAUGAAUAGUGCAGUCAAGCUGUUGCGGUGGUGGCUGGAUCAAACAGGAUUGGCGUUUUUAGUUUUUUAUUUAUGUGCAGAGUCUGUUGAAUUUACAUAUAUCAUAUAUAGCGUAAGUCCAAGAAAUUUAAUUUUACAGUAUUUUUUUUUUAUCUUAGAAAGAUACAAAAAUUCAAUUUAUGGUAGAUAGAGGUAUGUAUGAUGAUGUAUGAAGGAAUAUGGAGGCUCGAGAGAUUGAGCUUCAGACAAAGAGAUUCUCUGUUUGUUAUGUGUUAUAAAUUGUUUGGAUUAUGUCUCUU